GUGACAAUCAAGGCUCAAAUCAUCAGAGCAACCUGCUCUUUUCAAGAGCCAAGCAUGGAAUCUUUGCAUGGUCACACGUCCUGCUAGAAAUAGUAGCUAAAUCUUUCUCAAACCACACACUCUACUCCCUCAAAAAGAAAAGGAUACAUUGGACACACUCUACUCCCUUAAAAAAAAAAGGAUGCAUUGGACAAUGAAGGCCUGAUUUGCAAAAGGUUGAGAUGGUCACAACUGGAAAAUUUAUUAUUAUAGAUCUGCUUAAUCAAGCCUGACCUAAGAUUAAACAAAAACAACAAUACCAAUAAUAAUAACAUCAUUAUCGAUAUUAAAUAACAAGGCAAGCCAGCCUCUACAAGUUCACUUGACCUGCUAGAAACAACAGCCAAAUCUCUCUCAAACUACACCUUAUCAUAUUGUAACAUGAAACACAUUUUAGAUAUUGUAUGCCUACAUGCACUAUGUCUGAAACUAAGGUGGGAUGGUCAUGAACGAGUGGGAGCCAAAUAACAACAACAUCAACAACAAAAUUAGCAACAUAUACUUCCCCCUUAAUAAUCAAUCAUUUGUACAGAUCAAUAAUGAAAUAUAAUACUGAAAUAUCAGAUUGACCAGAAUGAACAUCGAUUUCUAUGCUGUGCUUUGUCAUGUUUUGCUUAAUCAUUCUCUUAUAGAUUAUAUUAAAUAGUUUGUAAGUUAGAACUUGUUGCUAACUGGUGUUUACACUUGUUGGUAACUCAUACAUGGAAAUUUAUAUUCACUCAAACAGUUAAUAGAUAUACAUAUAUAGGUAUAUAUGCAGAGAGAGAAUGAUAUAGAAACUGAGGUGACAGCAGUAUCAUGCACACACUGUAACAGAAUGUUAGAACAUAAGAGACAGGGAAAGAGAAAGAUAUAAGUUUAUAUUUUGUUUCGGCAGCUGAACCUUGUUGGAAGGGAUAAUUUAAUUUGUGGAUGCUGCUAGAAGAAAAAAAAGAGAGAAUUAAGAGGUGGUCCCUGCUAGAAGCAAGAAUUUAUUUGCAUGCCCUACCAAAAGCAAGAAUUUAACAGAUGCUAGAAACAAGGAUCCAAUAUUUGGGUACCCUGCUAGAAGAAAGAAUUUAACAGAUGAGCCCUAUUUGAGGUAAAGAUCUAAUUUGCAUUGUCAGUAGAAACAAGGAUUUAGGAGCCCUGCUAAAAACAAGGAUCUAAUUUGCGAACUCUAUUAGAAUCAAGGAUUUAUGAGCACUGCCAAAAACAAGGAUCUAAUUUGUGAGCCCUCCAAGAAGCAAGGAUUUAAUUUGCAUGCCCUACUAGAAGCAAGAAUUUGUGAGCCCUGUGAGGGCAAAGGAUUUAGUUUAUGAUUCCUAUUAGAAGCAGGAAUUUAACUGCUGAGCCCUGCUGGAAGCAAGGAUUUAAUUUGCAUACCCUACUAGAAGCAAAGACUUAGCUGACACCUGCUAGAAGGAAAGAUUUAAUUUGUGUGCCCUGCUAGAAGCAAGAAUUUGUGAGCCCUGUGAAAGCAAAGGAUUUAUGAUCCCUAUUAGAAACAGGGAUUUUGCAAGCCCUGCUAAAAGCAUGGCUUUAACAGUUGAGCCCCGCUAGAACAAAGGACUUAAUUUAUGCUGGGGAAAAAAACACAAGGCUUUGACAGAUGAACACUUCUAGAAGUAUGGCACAGGGUAACUCCAAUCAAUCUAACGCAAAGAACCAUACCUCUACUACACCAACCGAUACACCAACUGCACCUACAACUACAGCUACAAAUAAUAAUAAUAAUAAUAAUAAUAAUAAUACAAAUAAUAGUAGUGGUAGUAGUAACAACAACAAUAAUAAUAAUACAAUUAAUAAUUAUAAUAAUAAUAAUAAUAAUAAUGAUAGACCACAUUUUUACUUGUUGAGACAACAGAAGAGAGUAACUUUGUCUCUCGACACGAUUGAACGAAACCUGAGCUCAUUCAAAAUAAAAUGGUUUCCUUACAACAGAUCUAUUUCCCGUGAUGAACUACUUUAUUGGACUGAGGUCCUCUGUAACAGUUCUCCAUUGAAGACCAGUUUGAUUCCAAAUGAAUUCAUGUUGCAAAUCGAAAACCGCAGCACAUGGAGGAAGUUACCAGUACCAGUGAACAACGAGCUGAGGAGAAUUUUCACCCGUGCAAAAUUGUUUGAUAGACUUAUAACAAGAAGCAUCAACGACCUUCAGAAAAUCUACAAAGAUUACUUGAACAAACAUUGCCUGAGUUUCCUCCAAGAAGGUGAUCCAACUGGUCUGAAGGUUCCCAUCUCCUAUGAGAAAAACAUCCAGAAAUGGCGUCAGGAAAUUCAAAACGAAUACACCAUUCUGCAAUGUCAACUGACAGAAUUACAAGACUUGGGUGUCUCUCUAUUGAAUUACGUUACAACUAUUGACAGAGUGAGUCAGGUAAUGAGUGAGGUCCUCGACUUCUUACCACAUAUAAUCGAACUGAUUAAACUGUGGUUAAUCGAAGAAGAGAUAUAUUUGAAGAAAGUCGAAGACGAACUCAGCUCUUUGUUACGGAACAAGAAUCGUUGUAACAAAGCCUUGCGCCAACAGCAUUUAGUCGUGAAAGAGGUACGGGGCAACUACCAACAACAAAAAUUCAUCAGUCAGAGGUUAUGGCAAGAUGUCAAGGCAACCCUCCAAGAAAAGAAAGUCCUUGAACAACAAGAAAAUAUCCUCAAAAACAACUUGAAUGUCACAGAAAGCGAAUUGAGUCUCAAGAAAUCUACUCGUGCCGAUGCCGAGGUGCAGUUUCAGACUCACCAAAACACUUCACCAAUGUUCUUCGACCACUGGACCGAUUUUAUCGAGAAACAGGAGCUUGACAUCUGCCAGCUGAGACUUCGAAGAGAUCGCGUUAAAGUCGAAUGGAGCCGAUUGAUCAAAUCGAAAUACUAUUGCCAGAGGAAACUCGAUGACGUAGACAGCAAAUAUCAGAGCUGCAAGAAGGUUCUGGAUCAAAUGGAGAGCAAACUUCAGAAAGAAGAAGAUGAUUACUUAAAGCUGGAGAGGGAUUUGGACAGCCUUAUUGCCAAGGUUGAUGUUCUGGAAAGAAUCAGAGAACAAAAAAUACAAACGCACACCAUCGAGACGAUAUUUAUGAAACCAAAAGCUUUAGAAUCUGAAUCCAAUUCAGACACCACUUUUGACAAGGCCUCAAGUCUGGUUGCAUCAGAAAUCGGCAAAGACUGGAUUUGCUUGUACAAAAUCUUACCGUUCCGUCCAACACGAGAUAUAAGAUCUAGAAUGCGCGAUAUCGAAAUAAUUGAAAACCAAUACCAGAGCAGUGAUCAAACUAUGAAGGAAAUGGCAUACCAAGCCUUGCAGAAGUGGAAACUGUUCAGUGACCAUUCCAGCAUUAAAAAUUUGACUAAUGCACUGGAAAGACUGAACAAAACAGAGAUUUUGAUGAUGAUGAAAAAAAAUAAAUUUAUUUCAGCAAAAUAAAUUUGCAACACACACACGUACAUAUGUGUGUGUAUAAAGAUGGAUGGAUGGAUGGGUGUAUAUAUACAUAUAUAUAUGUAUAUGUAUAUAUAUAUACAUAUAUAUAUAAACAACAGACCAUUAAUACAUUAUAUAUAUAUAUACAUACACACACACACACAUAUAUAUAUAUAUAUAUAUAUAUACAGUGUUAUAUAUUUAUAAAUUAAAAUAAUUUGUUUUCCAUCCAAACUUCCUUCUAGCUUUAAGUGCAGUGUGGAACUGAACUGAUGUAAUUUUCGCCUUUAAAUACCAGAGAAACAUACACAAACUAAAAGCAUGUUUUCUUAUUCAUUUACAGUACUGACAGUACAGCACUUCUCCGUCCAAUAUUAAAUUUUUGAGCAUGUGUGUGCAUGCGCAUGCACACACCCAUUAAACAUACAUUCAAUUUACACAAUUUCACGAUUAACCAUUCACUCACAGUUUUAAUUCUAAUUCCACCACAUCUGCAUAUGCACACAUUUUGCUCAUUAUCAAAAUGUGUUUCUCUACGAAAGACAUUUAUGAAAAUGUUUCUUUUCAAACAAAUUUUAUCUGCUUUUCUUAUCUAGAAGCGUUUUUGUACACACUUAUCUAUACACUCUGAGUAACGGACAUCAUAUAUCGCACUUUGUACCCAGUCUACAGUUCAGAAACUUGAAAUUUGAAUAACCAGAUGUAAAGUGACAGCUGUUACAAGUAUAAAUAACACUUUUCUUUUGGUACCAAAAGUU